GCUGAAUACGUGGAAUCGGAUUUUAAGAAUUUUUUAUAAUUUAAUUUACUUGUUUGUGUCUUAUGUUUUUAUAUUUUUUGUUUUUUGUUGUUGUUUGUUUUAAUUUAAAUAUUUAUUGUUAAUAAUAAUAUUUAUAUUGAUUUAUGUAUUAAAAUUAAAAAAAAAUUACCUUUCAAUUUUUUUGUUAGGGAUAAACCCGUAUUAUUCAAAUCAAUAUCGUGAGGUUCAGAAUUUGAUUUGUUGGACACUUCUUCAACAACUUGUAAAGACUAAAAAUAAAAACAAUAAAAUAAAUAAAAUAUUGAAAAAGUUAAAAACAAAAAAAAAUUAACUCAGUAGAAAGUAUAUAAGAAGAAUCAGACAUACGUUAAUUUUAUAGGAAAAAGUUUUGAAAAAUUAGAAAAGAAGAACAAAUAAAAUUUGAGUAAAAAAAACCUUGUGUGAAAAAUUUUAGAAAAAAAAAGAGUAUCGUAGACCGGUUAUACGAAAAAAAAAAUACAAACUUUUAUAUAAAGAGAAAAUAUAUCUACAUAUAUAAAUACAUUCAUAAAGAAUUUGUUAAGUAAAUUUAGAAAACUCAAUUAUGUCAUCUGAUAAUAAAUGCUAUAAAUGUAAUGAAGUCAUUACAAAACGUAUUAUAACUGCUAUGGGAAAAUCUUGGCAUCCAGAACAUUUCACAUGCAGGGAAUGUAAGGAACCAAUAAAGGAUUUAACAUUUAAUGAAAAAUUUGGUGAACCAGUUUGUUCUGAAUGCUUUCUUGCAAAAUAUUCAGAUAUUUGUUAUGCUUGUAAGCAACCAAUUAGAGAGAAAAUAAUUAAGGCACUUGGACAUACUUGGCAUGAAGAUCAUUUUGUCUGUAAUGGCAUUUGUGAAAAACCUUUAUCUGGUUCAACGUUCUACGAACGUGAUGGUAAAGCAUAUUGUAAAGAUGAUUUUGAACAAAUGUUUGCUGAAAAAUGUUUUGGCUGUACCAAACCUAUAACAGAUAAAGCUGUUAUUGCAUUGGAUGCUAAAUGGCAUAAAGAUUGUUUCAAGUGCAAAAAAUGCGAUAAAGCAAUUACUUCAAAUACGUUUGCAGUAGAGGAUAAUAAACCACUUUGUACUAUUUGCGCUAAUUAAACAAAAGGGUGAUAUAAAAGGGAUGAAGUCUUUAAUGGCUUAACGAUCAACAUUGAGAAAUUUAUUUUGAUUUUUAGCUUUUUAAAUUUAAUAUGUAACUAAAAAAAUAAAUUUUACUUAAAAUACUA